AUUCAUCGUGAAAAGGGUGCGUUGCUUUGCGGCUGAUGAGACACUGUACCUGAGGAAUUCUGUUUCUUUUACUGCUCCACUUCGUCCGCCAUUAAAACCCUGCUUCACGUUUUAGUUUUACAGUUCCCGAUUCCCACUUUCUUCUGUUCUUAACGAAACCCAUCUCUUUUCCCCAACUUUCACUCUGUUUCAAUUUCAUUUAUCUUCUUUUUUAUUGAAUUCUAAUGGAGGAUCGGUAUGAACCAUUGAAGGAACUUGGCUCUGGAAAUUUUGGAGUUGCUAAGCUCGUUAGAGACAAGAACACCAACGAGCUUGUUGCUGUCAAGUACAUUGAGAGAGGGGAAAAGAUUGAUGAGAAAGUUCAGAGGGAAAUCAUUAAUCAUCGAUCGUUGCGGCAUCCCAACAUUAUCAGAUUCAAGGAGGUCUUCUUAACUCCAACUCACUUAGCCAUUGUCAUGGAAUAUGCAGCUGGAGGAGAGCUUUUCGGACGAAUAUGCAGCGCUGGUCGGUUUAGCGAAGACGAGGCAAGAUUUUUCUUCCAGCAGUUAAUAUCAGGAGUCAGCUACUGUCAUUCCAUGCAAAUUUGUCACAGGGACCUGAAACUCGAAAACACGCUCUUGGAUGGAAGUCCUACCCCGCAGCUCAAGAUAUGCGAUUUCGGUUACUCAAAGUCCGCUUUAUUGCACUCGCAACCGAAAUCGACUGUCGGGACGCCUGCAUACAUCGCACCGGAGGUUCUAGCACGGAAGGAGUAUGAUGGAAAGAUUUCAGAUGUUUGGUCAUGUGGGGUGACAUUAUAUGUGAUGUUGGUCGGAGCUUACCCGUUUGAGGACCCCGAAGAUCCGAGAGAUUUUCGUAAGACGAUAUCGAGGAUAUUGAGUGUUCAAUACUCCAUUCCGGAUUAUGUUCGUGUGUCCAUGGAGUGUCGUAACCUUCUUUCUCGAAUAUUCGUUGCGAACCCGGCAAAGAGGAUCACCAUCCAAGAGAUAAAACAUCUGCCAUGGUUUUUCAAGAACUUGCCAAAGGAGCUAAUUGAGAUUGAGAAAACCAACUUCAAACGACAAGAACACGACCACCCGUGGCAGAGCAUCGAGGAAAUCAUGCAGAUUGUUCAGGAAGCAAUGACACCAGGAGAGGGAUCUAAUGUUGGGGACCGAGCGUUGGGCGGAGGGUCGGGGCUCGACGAUCUGGACGCCGAUAUAGCUUCGGAAGUAGAUGUAAGUGGUGACUAUGUAACUGGUGUUUGAGAAUGGUCCGGUUUUUAGUUUGGUUACAGAAGAGUUUAUUGUGUAUGAAAACAUAUGGUGUCAAAUCAAAAUCACAUUGUAUAGGGAAAAUAGAAGGGAUGGAAGAUUGUGGGGGCAGCUGCAUUGACUGCCCAAAACAUGUUCAUUGUAUCAACAAAAGUGUUUUUUUUUUUUUUU